CCUCGGAAGUCCGGCAGGGCGCAGAGCCGGGUGCGCUUCGCGACAGAGCCGUAAAGGUACCCGGGAACAUGGCGUUGUACGCAGCUGCGGCUGCAGUGCUGGCGGGUGUGGAGAACCGCCAGGGCUCCAUCAAGGGGUUGGUGUAUUCCAGCAGCUUCCAGAACGUGAAGCAGCUGUACGCCCUGGUGUGCGAGACUCAGCGCUACUCCGCGGUGCUGGACGCCGUGAUUGCCAGCGCCGGCCUACUCCGCUCCGAGAAGAAGUUGCGGCCGCACCUGGCUAAGGUGCUAGUAUAUGAGUUGUUGUUGGGAAAGGGCUUUCGAGGGGGUGGAGGCCGAUGGAAGCCUCUGCUGGGCCGGCAUCAGGCAAGGCUCAAGGCUGAGCUGGCCAGGCUCAAGGUUCAUCGGGGUGUGAGCCGGAACGAGGACCUGUUGGACGUGGGAUCCAAGUCUGAGUCAACCUCCCAGGUGCCUCGAUUUGUGCGUGUGAACACUCUCAAGACCUGCUCUGAUAAUGUAGUUGAUUAUUUCAAGAGACAAGGUUUCUCCUACCAGGGUCGGGCCUCCAGCCUUGAUGACUUAAGGGCCCUCAAGGGGAAGCAUUUUCUUCUGGAUCCCUUGUUGCCAGAGUUGCUUGUGUUUCCUGCCCAGACAGAUCUACAUGAACAUCCACUAUACCAAGCUGGUCACUUCAUUCUUCAAGACAAAGCCAGCUGUCUCCCAGCCAUGCUAUUGGCUGCUCCGCCAGGCUCCCAUGUCAUUGAUGCAUGUGCUGCUCCAGGCAAUAAGACCAGUCACUUGGCUGCUCUUAUGAAGAACCAAGGGAAGAUCUUUGCUUUUGAUCUGGAUGCCAAACGGCUGGCAUCUAUGGCCACUCUGCUGGCCCGGGCUGGAGUCUCUUGCUGUGAGCUGGCGGAGAAGGACUUCCUGGCAGUCUCACCUUCAGACCCACGUUAUCGUCAGGUCCACUACAUCCUGCUGGAUCCUUCUUGUAGUGGCUCUGGUAUGUUGACCAGACAGCUGGAGGAGCCAGGGGCAGGCACACCUAGCAAGGAACGCUUGCGUGCGCUGGCAGGGUUCCAGCAGCGAGCUCUAUGCCACGCACUCAGUUUCCCCUCCUUGCAGCGCCUCGUGUAUUCCACGUGUUCCCUUUGCCAAGAGGAGAAUGAGGACGUGGUGCGAGAUGCCCUACAGCAGAACCCAGGGGCCUUUAGGCUAGUUCCUGUCCUGCCCUCCUGGCCCCACCGAGGUCUUGGUACUUUCCCAGGUGCUGAGCACUGCCUACGGGCCUCCCCUGAGACCACACUCACUGGUGGCUUCUUCAUUGCUGUCAUUGAAAGGGUAAAAGUGUCAAGCUCAGUCUCACAAGCUGAAGCACUGGCACCAGACCGCACACCCAGCCCGGCCCCAAAGAGAAAGAAAAGACGGUAAAAAGCAGUGGUUGGUCAUAGCACACCAUCUGGCAUGUAGGUGCUCAAAGCUUUGACUUUCAGUCAAGCAGUAGAAAAUUCUGCUGUAGGAAGUUAAUGCAGCUGGAAAGGCAGAGUGAAUUUCUCAGUCAUUUGGGUCCUUCCCUGGACUGCAUUCUUGCUGGUGAGAGAACGGCUGGUCACAAAAAUAAAAAGCAGAACAUGGCCAUGAUAGAUCACAGUUUUUUUUAUUCUUAAUGACAUAAGCAGGAAAAAAAUAUCUCACAUUCAUACUAAAAAUUCCAACUAGACUCAACAGGAAUAAAGUUUUCAUUUGUAAUGGAAAGUCCCAGCCUCCCGUUCCUGUCCAGUAGGCAUACAUGUACACACUCACUCACUCACACCAUGCCAGGAUGCCCUCCUUUGGGGGAGUGGGUUCCUGGGCCAACUGUCCUGCCUGUGGAGCUGAGGCAAACUAGCUCAGAGUACUAAAGCUAAGACGGGAUCUACCUUACGUAAGGUACAGGUAGAAGUUGGUCUCUAUACGUAUGCCCCACCCCCACCCCUCCAAUCCUAAUGGGUAAUUUGGGACUUUAGGUUCAGGCUCUUUCCUCAGCUUGAAGCCAACUAUUAACAUGUUGGACUUCAGAGCUCUUCUGGGGGGUGGGGAGGAGCAGUCCCCAGCCACAAAGCAUUCAACCUCAGUCACUAAGGGAGAGGGAGGGACCAGUUACAUCUACAUCACACUAUUUAUAAAAUAAGAGUUACGUUUUAUAUAACGUGUCCAGAGGCGCUCUAGUCCCUCAGGAAAACUGCCUGAGACAGCACAUGAGCCUCCUCUUCACACAGGCAUAACUUAACUAUACAGCUAAUUUCUAGUCAGUAGCGUUUAUACUUAACCACCUCAAUGAACCAAGCUUGAAGGAAUUUAAAAGGCAAUUUAGCUUAAAUACAAAAAUAAAUUUUUAUUUUGUUAAAAAAUGUUUAAA